UCUCUCUCUCCGACCGAUAAGAACCCAACAAGACAAGUCCCAUGUGGGUUCUUAGGAUCCACUCACUUAACUUGUGUUUCUAACCUUUUUUCACUUCAACAUAACUAAACUCGUGACCCAUUAAACCAAAAAAAACAUAAAAACACCCCUUUUUUUCUGUGUAUUCUUCUCUCUUUUUCCUCUUAUUUUCUUCUUGUUCCAAGUUCCCAACUUACACACUUUUUUCCUCCAAUGCUAUUAACUUCUUCUUGGGUCUCUAUUUAAACCCCAAAGUUACUUCAUUUUCCAUCUGGGUAUUUUUGAUUGUGAUUUAUAAGUUUUUGAAUGAUGUCUUUUACAAGCAAAAGUAUUGAGUUUUUUGGGAAAAACUUGGUUUCUUGUGGUUGUUCUUCCAAUGCUUCUUUUGAUAGGAAUAAGGUGAGGAAUUAUGGAAAAGUUAAUUCUAAAGGAUGUGGAAAUGGAGCUCGUAAAUUGAUUUGUUGUAAGAAGAAGAACACUACUCAAUAUCGUGUUUCUUCUAUGGAGACUGCAGAACCUACUUUGAAUGGUGGGGCUCAAGCAAUUAAAGACCUUGCAAAAGGAUUGAACUUGAAGAGUUAUUCAGAAACCCCUAUUUCACCUAAUAGGUUGUUUGAAGUAGUUUCUGAUGAUCUUCAAACACUCAAUAAAAAUCUUCAGUCUAUUGUAGGGGCAGAAAAUCCAGUUUUAAUAUCUGCAGCUGAGCAGAUCUUUAGUGCUGGUGGGAAGAGGAUGAGACCUGCUCUCGUGUUCUUGGUGUCAAGGGCGACUGCAGAGCUACUUGGCUUGGAGGAUAUUACUGUAAAGCAUCGACGUUUAGCUGAGAUAAUUGAAAUGAUUCAUACUGCAAGUUUGAUACAUGAUGAUGUGUUAGAUGAGAGUGACCUAAGAAGAGGGAAGGAAACUGUUCAUCAAAUGUUUGGAACAAGAGUUGCAGUGCUGGCCGGAGACUUCAUGUUUGCGCAGUCAUCAUGGUAUCUCGCCAACCUUGAAAAUAUCGAAGUCAUUAAACUUAUCAGCCAGGUGAUUAAAGAUUUUGCUAGUGGAGAAAUAAAGCAGGCUUCUAGCUUGUUCGAUUGCGAUGUUCAACUCGACGAGUAUCUAAUCAAGAGUUAUUACAAGACAGCUUCUUUAAUUGCUGCCAGUACAAAAGGAGCUGCAGUUUUCAGUGGUUCUGACAGUAACAUCACCGAGAAAAUGUACGAAUACGGAAAGAAUCUCGGUCUAUCCUUCCAAGUUGUGGACGACAUAUUGGAUUUCACACAAUCAGCAGAGCAACUCGGAAAGCCUGCUGGCACUGACCUUGCCAAAGGUAACUUGACUGCUCCAGUAAUCUUUGCAUUGGAGAAAGAACCGAAAUUGAGGGAUAUCAUCGAAUCUGAGUUUAGUGAGAUCGGUUCACUCGAUGAAGCCAUUGCGUUGGUAAAGAGUUGUGGCGGAAUUGAAAGAGCACAAGAGUUGGCGAAAGAGAAAGCUGAUCUUGCUAUUCAAAGUAUUCAAUGUCUUCCGCAAAGCGUGUAUCGUUUAGCUCUCGAGGAUAUGGUGACAUAUAAUCUUCAACGGAUCGCGUAAGCUUGUUCAUGCUGAUGAUACAUAAAGAAAAUCAGAAUAAUACAUUUUAUUCUUUGGUCCUAUAAUAUAUGGAAGAGAACCUUGAUUUUGAACAAGACAUACUACACCUUCUUCCCCUUGUGCUACUUUUUGGGGUACUAAUACAGAUAUUGAAGGAUCAAGUAAAUGCACAUUCUCAUCAAUUUAUAUGUUUGCAGUUAUCUGCAAAUUAAAGCACAAGCAACAACAAUAUAUAUUCCAUUAUUGUAUUAUAUAAUUUUAUACAUAAAUCAGUAUAUUCUUUUCCCCAUUUUUAUGUUCUUGGUUUUGGUUGUAAGGGAAUAAUUUUUUUUUUCUA